AUGAAGACCGUCGACGACACCGCCCGCGAACUCGGCUGCGUGAACUCCCACGAGGAAAAACACCUCCAACAACAAGAAUACGAGCGAGAGCAGGAGGUGCAGAGACGGGAGCAGCAAUUAUUUCAACAAGAAGAACAACAACAGCAGCAGCAGCAGCAGCAGCAGCAAGCAGCACUACUACACAACGCCCCCUCCGCUUCCGUUACUGCAUCCCUCUCAUCGACCUCCUCUUCUUCGUCGUCGUCGUCCUCCUCCUCGGGACUCAUCCCUCCGACGGAGAAAAUCACCGAGGUGGCUAGUAGCUCUAUCCAGGAGGUCAAGUCGAUGCUGAAUGCCGCGUACGAGAGCGAAUUGGUCAAUAGGGCGGUGCGGACGGUGCGGGAGUAUGUGCCGGGGUUAGCGGAGGGAGCGGAGGGGGAGCAGGAUGAUGAAGCAGACCGGUUCGCAGCCUCGCCGGAGGAGAUCCAACGCAUUGACGCGCUGGAGAAGGAACGCAUCGUGGAGUUUCUGCAGAACAGGCAGCGGAGUACGGCGGAUUUGGAGAAGAAGUAUCAUCGUUCGGAUGAUCGCGGGAGUGGGACUAAACAGUGA